UUAAGUUGACAAUCGAACUAUUACUUCUUGUUAUAGCGUUGUUGGUUGAUUUGUAAAUAUGUACUUUACAGUUGGAUGGCCUAAAUAUCUAGAACGUCAAAACAUUAAUUGUUUGCCCAUAUCUGUGUUUUGUAAUAGAGAUCGUACACUUUUUGGUGUUUUAACUGAAGACAGUAUUAGUAUUUGGUAUAUAAGGCCUUGUGUUGAAGUUACAUGUUAUAGAAGGAGUAAAGAAUCCAUAGCUGCUUUUGGAGCAAAUCAGCUUGCAGAAUGGAAACCAGAUUCCUUAAUGAUUGUUGUCACUACUUGUUUGAAUCAUCUUCUGUUUUACAAUGUUGAUAUUGAUGAUUCUGUAAAAAGUCUGUAUGAGCAAUUGGAUAGCAAGAUUUCUGGGUUGCGAAGAGAAAGUGAUGAGUUGUUUAUUAAAGGAAAAGUUCCUCCCAUUUCAUUAGAUCAUGUUCAUACAUUAUGUCUGCAUUCUCAAAUAUGUAGUUUAGUAUGCAUCAGAGAUGAAUUGAUGGUUACAACAAUAGAUGGUCACUUCUGGAGAGUACAUUGGGAAGGACAAUUAAAUGAAGAUUAUACUCUUAAUUUGGGAAAUAUUUCUUUCUGUUUGGAUCAGUUGCAGUCUAGAGGAUUAACAUUUGAUGGCUCCGGAUUCUAUGUCAAGAGUAUGGAGUAUUCUCCAAUCAUUGGUGGUUUUUCUGUUGUUUUAUCAAAUGGGCAAGCAGCUUUUAUAACAGCUACAACUUUAAAAUUUGAACCUCACCAAGUAUUUGGAAUCCUUGCUCAGGACAUUCAAAAUGCAACAUGUACAGCUGUAAAUCACAGAUAUCGAUUAAUUGCAUAUGGAUUAAAAAAUGCUCAAGGUGUGGUAUUUUGUGUUGAUGAUAUUACUGGUGCUUUGCAGACUACACAUCAACUAAUUUUAUCUAGCAAAGAUUUUCCUGAUGUAGCUUCUGCAGCUGGAGCAGUAUCCAAUUUAAAAUGGACACCUGAUGGUGGAGCUUUGGCUAUGACUUGGGAAAAAGGAGGUUUAGCACUCUGGAGUGUGUUUGGUGCACUUCUAAUGUGCAGUUUGGGUUGGGAUUAUGGAUCAGCUGAUAUAAUGAAGAAUGUGUUAACAAUUACAUCUCUGGAGUGGGGACCAGAGGGAUACCACCUGUGGACUGUUGUAGUAAAUAGUUUACAUUCAAGAAAGAAAUGUGAAUUAUCUGUACCAAACCGGGGUUACAAAGCAGUGGCUGUGUUUCAGUUUGUUAAAAGUGCUUUAACUGUAAAUGCUGGAAUGACUGGACGGGAGCAUGUCUUUCUUCAAGCAGAAGAUAGGCUGUAUAUCAGUGCUGGGUCUGAUAUCAUUCAUAACAAACCUACAUCAUUUGAUCGCAAGCAAGAUCAUGAAGUUCCUGCCUCUGUUGGUUUUUCCAGGGAUCAAAUGUUGUUUGGAAAUAAACAAUGGAUUGUAAUUCCUAUACCCUAUGCAUAUCUGGGAAAUAAUUGGCCAAUAAGGUAUACAGCUAUAGAUUCUCAAGGACAGAGUAUGGCUGUUGCUGGGAGAAGUGGCUUAGCUCAUUAUUCAUUGUUAUUAAAGCGCUGGAAACUCUUUGGGAAUGAAACUCAGGAAAGAGAUUUUGUUGUCAUGGGUGGCUUAUUGUGGUGGGAGGACCAGAUAAUACUUGGGUGCUUCAAUCUUCGUGAUUUAAGGGAUGAGAUUCGAGUUUAUCCUCAAGACAGCAAACUUGAUAAUCAAUUCGUCCGUGUUGUGAAAAUGGAUUCUCAAGUUCUUCAGUUAUCAGCUCUUGGAGAUAGGCUUCUUAGUUUUUGUGCAGAUUCUCACUUGACUCUUUUUCUUUUACAAAGAAAAACAUCACCUACAAGUAGCGUAUUACAUAUUACAAGGCUUUUAGAACUUGAUGUUACAAAUUUAGUCUUCCAUCCAGCUUGUGUUGUGUCAACGUUACUCACAUCUUUGUGUACAGAAACAGUGAGAUGGCCUCGUAAAGGAGAUGAAAGCAUACUUAUUAACAUCUGUGGUCGUUUAUUACUACUGCAGCAAGAUCCUGUGUCGAGAACAUCUGAUGCUGCAAAUAAUAAUACACAAAAAAUUCCGUCAUAUGGAUUACCAACAGUCUUAGCUUCAUGUGUAGAAAAUGUUUGGGUUUGUUCUCAUAGUUCAAAAGACACUCCUCAUUUGACAGAAGCAUUAUGGAUUGCUUGUGGUGCUCAUGGUAUGCGAGUAUGGUUACCUUUGUUUCCACGUGAUGGUGAGAAACAGCGGGCUCAUAACUUCAUGUCCAAAAGAAUUAUGCUACCAGUUCCUGUAUAUAUAUAUCCUUUAGCUGUAUUAUAUGAAGAUGCUGUUAUCUUAGGUGCUGAAAAUGAAACUGUUCUCCUCUCUGUUGAUAGUUAUGACAAACAUCCAUUUUCCAUUGUUUCUCGUACGAGUCAAGUAUACCUUCAUCAUAUUUUAAGGCAGUUAUUGAAAAGAAAUUUAGGUUAUCAUGCUUGGGAAAUUGCCCGAAGUUGCUCAACUCUACCAUAUUUUCCUCAUUCACUAGAGCUUCUUUUACAUGAAAUCUUAGAAGAAGAAGCUACAUCUUCAGAUCCUAUUCCAGAUGCCUUACUCCCUAGAAUAAUAGAUUUUAUUCAGGAAUUUCCUGUUUUUCUACAAACUGUUGUACAAUGUGCAAGAAAGACAGAACUAGCAUUAUGGCCUUAUCUCUUUUCAGCUGUUGGUAACCCUAAGAACUUGUUUCAAGCUUGUCUUAAUCAAGGCCAACUUGAUACUGCUGCUUCUUAUCUAAUCAUUCUACAGAACUUGGAAUUAUCGUCUGUAAGUCAACAGCAUGCAACUCUUCUUUUAGACUCAUCAUUAGAAGCUGGAAAAUGGGAGCUAGCCAAUGAACUGGUUAGAUUUCUCAAAGCAAUAGAUCCCAGUGACAACGAAAGUUUGCCACGUUCAUUCAAUCCUCCCAACAAAUAUGGUCUUCCUCAUUCAACUCCACCUGUCAGUCCUACAGAAGAUGAUUUAUCAUUUGUGCUUGGUACUGUGUCAUUGACCAGAGGACGUUCUCAUAGUACUACUGUAACUCAAAAACUUGCUUCUUCAACUCAGGAGAAAAGUUCUCGCAUUCAGCAUCAAGACAUUUCCAGAACAAUCAGUGAUCCCCAUAACAUUCCACGAAAGAGAAGAAUUUCUGAUCACAAAGAAAAGGGAACAUCUGAAGAAUUUUUUAUAGAUACAUUAUUAGCUCGCCAUGCAAGAAAACUUCUCAGGGCUGGAAAAUUAAAAGAUUUGGGAUAUUUUGCUGCCUAUCUUGAUUUUCAUUUAGUGACAUUUUUUUCUAAAGAAAGAAGUGGAGCUGCCCAUGUUGACGAUUUUAUUAGAGCUUUAUUUACAUUGCAUCAAGAUUUUCAGUGGCCUUUUCCAUUGUCAUCUGCGAUUUUUUCCUCUUAUUCUGUAAAUAAAAAUUCAGGUUAUGUGAAUCAUUUUUUGGACCAUAAAACAAUAUUCGCAGACUCAAGCUAUAAACCUUUUAAUUCUCCUGUCAAAUUAAAUGAGCUGAAUGCCAAUGAUACUCCUGAUAAUGGUUAUGGGAGCAAUCUAUCAGAAAAACUGGAUUCUAAAAAUAUCUCAAAUGUUACUUCAAAUUCAAGUUUAAGUACUGUUCGUGAACAAACUAUUGAAGCUCGUUUAUCUCCAAAACUUGGAGUAUAUUUUACAGGGGACAGUUUAUUGAAUUUAGAUGUGUCGGAGAAUAGUUCUUUAUGGACAGAAGAAAGUUUAAAUACUCUUGAUGAUGAAAGCUUAUCCAAUAUGCCUUUACCUACAGAGUUAGAAGCUAUUUCAGAGGAACUGGCUAGCCGAGGACCUUUACAAACUGAAGUUCAGUUACGGUAUCUACUGCAGCUGCUUCUAGAAGCGGGAUGUUUAGAUUGGUCUCUUCUUAUUGCAAUAAUUUUACGAGAUGCAAUGGCUGUGAUACGUGUUGUAAAUUUAGCAAAGCAACCUGACCAACCUCAAGAAAUUUUGAAACACCUACGAGAUGGAAUGGCAUCCAUUGAACAGUGGGCUGAAAGAGAAUGCUCAGGUUAUAAAGCCUUUAUGCAUGUCAUACACAACCAAGCAAAAGCUCUCAGCAAAAAGUGUUCUCCAUCAUCAUCUCUGCUCAAACUUGACAUGCAGCCAGCUUCUGAAGAAUUUUGCAGUGAUGUUCUUUAUAGCAAAGAACAAAGCAGUCACAGACUUUCUACAAGUAGUGAUAUACCAGGCAUAGAAGGUACUCUUGUGUUACAGGGUACACAAAUUGAUAAAGAUGAUGAAAGUUCUCUAGCUGAAUCUGCAGAAAGUUUAGAUUCUCCGCAAGAGGAAAAUCAAACAUCUGAGUGUUCAAUAUCAUAGACGUGUAAUUUCAUGAAUCAUAAUCAUUUAGGCAUUGCUUUAAAAUGUACUAUAACUCUUGAGAGAAUUUCAAAAAUAUUUUUAUAAAUACCAUCAUUUUUAAUUGCAGUGCUUUAGAUGUAUUUAUGCUUCAGACAGUUUAUUUAUUAAAAUAACAAAUGCCUCAUUGUGCUCAACAUCUUUUAAUAUUUAAAUAAAUAGGUUUGACUUUUGUUCAUAUCAUAAAGUGAAGAAAGAAAGCCAAAUUAAAAAAUAACUGUAUUUAAAAUACUUUAAAUAUAAAGUGUAUUUGAAAAUGUUGGGGAAUAUAUUGGAAAGAUAUUGUAAUUUAGUAAUAUUUCUUGUAGCCAAUGAAAGAAAAUUUGUAAGAAAUUUAGUGAUUUGAAUUUUUUACUCCAAUUGGAAUGCAAAUAAUUUAAUCCUAUGAGCCAAUCAGGUAAAUAUGAAACAUAUGUCUAAAUAUAUGAAAUUAACCAUUUUUUUACCUUGAUUGUCUGUAAAGAGUUAUUGGUGAAUGAGAUACAUUCUUGGUGAAAACAAUUUUUAAUGUGAUUUUAUAUAAAUGUUUUAUAUCAAAUAUUAAAAUAACCAAGAAAUAUUUGCUUUUAAAUCUAGAAGAAAUAAAAUAUACUCUAUGUGGUAAUUUAGUUAUUUUUCCUGUUCUCUUAUACUUUGAAAAGUAAUUGUUCAGUGUAAGUUGUGAUUUUGCAUGCCUGUAUUUUUUUUAUUAUUAUUAUUUCGUGUUUUUACUUAAUGUGUAUAGUAUAACCGAUCUGAUUAUUUAAUGAACUGUUAGUAUCUUAUUUUUGCAGUUGUCUUUCACUCAGUUUAUGUAAUAUUGCAGCAGGACUGCAAUUUCUGUAUAGCUGAGUAUAAAGGCUUACGUUUGCUAUUUUAUAAUUUUUAUAAAGGUUUUCUUACCUCAUUCUUACAUGAGCAAAUCUUAAUUUUAGCCAGCAGAGGUCUAUGCAUAAAUCAAAUCUAAUGAAAACUGUAUUUACAAAAAACAGCUGCAAUUUAUUUGAACAUUUCAUAUUUUUCUUUGGGACAGCUGUUUGUUGAUCAGUAAUAUAUUUUGUGUUUUAUAUGGUACAAAUGAAACUUCAUUAGUUUGUAAACAUUUGUUUUAACGGUAACUAAAUAAUUUCAUAUCAUGAUAGAAACAAGAAAUUAUGUAAUAUAAAUGAAAAUUUAUAUGUGAUUAAUUAACAACUAUGUACAUUCAACUUUUAUGUGAGGUAAGACUUAGUUAAACAGCUCCAAAAAUCAUAUUUUUCUUAUGAAUACUGGAAAUUCUAUAAAUUGUUAGUUUGCAGUAAUAGUCAUUUAGUUACAUUUCUAAAUAUAGAGAAUAUUUUUCUGACAGUUACUUCUGAAAGUUGCUAGUAUUCCUGAAAACAAAUAUUAGCAUUGAAUAUUGCCUUUCCAAAAUGACUACUAUCACUGUAGAGAGAGUUCCCUUCAUAUUUGAUAUGAGUAAUAUAAGUAGUAUUGAAAAAACUUCCUAAAGAUAAGGAUAUUUAUCAUAGUUUUUCCAUUUAUUUGUGAAAAAACAUCAAAAAGAGCUACAAUACAAAAUCCUAGAUCUGGACUUGUUGAAACUUCAGCUAUUCCAGAUUUCAGAAUUUUUCGAUUUUAGAUCAUCAGUUUAAAUCUAGUAAAAUGAUGUUUAUAUAAUUAAAUUAUAAAAUUGAAAAUAUUAACAAAUUAUAAAUAAAAUAAAAAAUAUGAAAUAGUUAUUUAUCAAACAUUAAUCAUUUAUGAUAUUAAGGAUAUCAAAUUUAAAAAAAAAAAAAAAAGUUCUGUAAUUACCAAGUCAAGAAUUCCCACUUAAUUGCCAGUCAAAAUGUUUUCACAGCAACUUCUUUGUCACUUUCUUCAUUAUCGAUAGCGAUAUUUUCUGCAUUUAGAUUUUCUAGAGAUUUUUAGUUGUGUCUUGUUUUAGUAUAGAUUAAUGCUUAGCUAGCAUGUCUUAUUUAGUAUUGGAAAUGUAUCCUGAUAUCGGAGACUAAAGAUUCAUUGUUCUGAUAAAUUUUGUCUUGCAUCUGUAGCAUGCUGCUUAAAUUAAGGCUGAAUAAUAUUAGUUUAGUUAUUCGAUAUAAUUAUGUCUGUUUUCUGCAUAUGCUUAAGGCUGAGUCCAAAUAAAUAAAUUCUCAUAUAUAUUUAGGGCUUGAAUAACAAAUGAGUUAUUCUUAAUUGAAGUGGAAGCAAAUACAGUUGUUAGGCCUCAGAUGAAGAGAAAUUUCUGUUAAAUUUUUUCUUUUCAACACACUCAGCACUACAAAGGACAGUUAGCUGAAUUUGUAAUCAUUCCCAAGCAUAAUAUCAACAUAAAAGGUACCAUGCUGUUUGGUAUUCAAUUUGGUACAUGAGAAAUAACUCCAUGCGUUAUUUCCCAAGUUGUCAUGGAUUGAUAGUUACAUGGUGAUGAAAUCAAAAAAUUAAAAUGAUUUUUCAAAAAAUCUGAAAGCUUUUAGAUUUUUGCCCAAAAGAGUUUGUAAAGGUUUUGUAUGCUCUCAUUAAGCUCACAGUCUACCAGUCUGCUCUUGCACACACUCCUGCUAAUCUCUUUUUCUUUUCUUUUUAACUUAUUAUUAAGUAUUAUUUUCUUUGCGCUAAUGUCACAUACAGUUCAACAACAAAACUUCACUGAAUUUUUAAAGGCUGCAUAACAGCACAUGUUUAGAAUUCUCUUAAGGGUUUCAAAGAAGUUCAGUUUUCUUAAUAAGGUGGCUAAACAAAUUUUUAUUUAUGUCUUUUUAUGUGUUAACUUCAUUUAUUAAAUAUCACCUUCUUCGCACUUAUACCACAUAAAAUUAAAUUUAUUAAGCUUUCAAUAAUUACCUUUCAGAUUAAAUUUGAAAGUAUGUUAGAAUUUACUGAAUGGCAAUAUGCUGGUGCAUGGACGAUAAAAGUUUUGUAUUUCUGGUUUCACUAACACAUUGCUUUCAUAUAGCCAAGUUUCUAAAUUAAAAUUGAAAGAUGAAUAUCUUACAUUUUUCCAAAUGAUAAUAGUUUCUAGCUCUGGAGAUAAAAACAUUUUAUUUUGAAGAGUGUUGCCACUGCUUGCUUUCAGAUUGUUGAGUUUGUUAAUAAAAAAUUCAUUGAAGUUUUAAAAAAUAUAAAAUAAAUAAUAAAACAUAUUUGAAAUUCAAGACUUGGGUUUCCAUAUGCACAUGUUUGACUGGAGGAUUACAUUAUUCAAAGUCUGAUGGCUCUAGGUACUGUCUUUUUUCCACAGGCUAAGAAUCAUUCAUACAUACAUGCAGAUUCUUCAUUAUUUAAUUUCUUUAAAUAUGCUAUUUAUAUUGAACUAACACAAAAUUUGAUUUCCAGAUUAAUAGCUUCUUUUGGGCUAAUAGCAAAAAUGAUUACCAGGUUGACAUCAGGGUUUGAAGCUAUUCAGUAUGUGUAAAAUCAGCAAUGAAUUUUGAUAGGCUGUUUUGCUUUGAGAUGUAUGUCAAGCAAAAAGGCAGCUAUGAGGUCAAAAAAUUAUUAAUCAUAUACAUUCAUGUUAAUAAAUAAUUGUGUUUCUUCAACAGGGAGAUGCUUUACUUAGUGCUGAACUUAAAGUAAGAAUCAGUGCUUUCACGUACUUUAUUAUGAAAAAACUGUUUGCACAUGUGUUAUGCAUUAAACAUAUGCUAAAGCGAGAUGCAGCUUUUAGAACCUACUUCUUUCCCCCUUUUUGCAAAAUAUUUCUGGAAGUCUGGAGAUUUAAAUAUUCAAUCACUGCAGAUACUGAACAUCCAGAUCUCGAACUUUGUACUGUAGGUGAUUUUGGAGGAUGGCCUAAUAUGGUGUCAGAAUUGCUGUGUUUUCUUUUUCAGUAUGUGUAAUCAAAUUUUACACUGGGUAAAAUUUAAAUUAAUAUAUUAAGAGUUCAAAGAUCAAUUGGUAUACAAUGAUGAGAAGCUUUUUGAAACACUGUAUAGUAUUCUAUAUUAAUUAAUUAAUUAUUAUAUUAUUUUACUGAUAUAGGAACAAUAUUUAGAUGGGGAUUGUAGAAAGAAUUCUUAGUCUCCCAGAUAAAAAAAUAUAUCAGGUUAUGUAUCAGGUCUGUUAAAAGUAAUUAAAAAAAACCUUAUAUUGCAUUUAGUUAAAUAAAAUAUAUCUAAAAGCUAUAAAUGGUUGAUUAAAAAGUAAAGUUUAAAAAAAAGAUAAUUUUAUUGUUUGGGGGAGAUAUAAUUUUAAUUAAACCAGUGAUUUCCUUAUUCCAUAUGCUUUCUGACUUUAGGAAUGUAAUAAAAGUAAUCUCUUGUCAUUUUACAUAUUACCAUACAUUAACAAAUAGUUGUGGUGCAUAUAAGUUACAUUUCUUCAAUAAUUAGAAAUACUUGUUCAGUGUGCAUAAUUUCUUUCUUUUCUAUGUCAUUUACAGCCAUUAUAAACUAUGCAAAUGCUAAGUUUAAAAUUUAUCUUAUAUAUUUAUAUUUUCACAAUAGUAUACCAUAUCUUAAUAUUUUUUCACAAUGUGUUGUUUUUUAUAUUUCUAAUUUAUAAAAAUGAUAGACAGUAUAAUUUAAAUAUAAAUAAAUAUGUAUAUCUGAAACUAGGCCAAAAGUCUAAUUUAAGGUUUCAUUGUAUUAAGUGUUUUAAUUUAUUGGAUGUAUUAAAUUAUUAGUCAGGUUUUGAAAAUAGCUCAGUGUGGACAGCAGAUUUUAUACUUAGUACAGUGUAUUUUCCAUAGUGGUAAAGCUCUUGAUGAUUAGGAUAUUUAUUCACUGGCAGAUAGAUGAACUCACUGGUCAUUUCACAAUCUCAUCAGUAUAAUAAAAGUUUUUGAAAAAAUAAGAUCUGUUUGCUAAAGGAUAUACCGUAAUUUCCGGAAGAAAUGCCGCGGCAUUUACGUGUUUAAAACUUAAAUUUUCAGCGGGUGUGGCGUUUCUAC